AUGUAUGCCUUUGAGAAAAAAGAAGAAACAUAUUUCACCAAAGCUAUCUAUGCAUACGGGAUAAACAGGAACAUAAAGAAUCCAUUUUAUUUACUAGAUGAGAACUGCUUUUUUUACGGGAUCGGGAGCAAUGGAGUCAUCCACUCACUUUCGGAGAAAAAACAAAAGUUUCUACUUAGCGAUGAAAGCAGUUACGGGAUUGUAUGUCUGGGGAUAAGCAAUGACAGGAAGCUGCUAGUGCUAGGAGAGAGGUCCCUUAGGAAACCUUUCCUUUCUAUAUACACCAAGAAUUCUAAACUCGUCAAAAGGUUAACCUUAGAAAUCGCAGACAAUGAAUGCACAAUUAUGAAUAUUUCAUUUUCCUCAAAAAAUAAAUAUGUGUAUUGCUUAACGAAUGGGAGUACCAAGAGCCUUUUCUUCUGUUACGACUGGCUACAGGAGAAGUUAAUGUUUUGCAAGCUUUUCUCGCCCUCCGUUUUUUGCGACCAUUGUGACAUUUUCUUGAACGGUCAGAAUUCGUCAUACAUUGCGCUACUCUCGGUGUGCGCUGUGGGCAUCGGUGCGACGAGUGGGGCCACCAGUGAUGCGAUUGGUCAGGUGACUUCCAAUGUGACUGUCGAUGCAACGUUUAAUGGGACUGCCAAUUUAACUGCCAAUGGGACGGCCAAUUCAACUGCCAAUGGGAUUGCCAAUUCAACUUCCGACGCGACUGCCAAUGGGACUGCCGAUUACACCACUCGUGGACAGCGGCAUGGGAGUACUACCCAGCAGAUCAACCAUCUCGAGGAAGGACAGAAGGGGGCGGGGGAAACGCCCCCAAUGGGGUCAGCCACCCAGCGACAGGUAUUCCUGUACCAUAACGUCGAAAGAAACUUAGUAGAAAUAAAAAUAAAAAAUAAAAAACUGGACAAAAUCGAUCGUAAUUUCACCAAUUGCUGUUGGCUAAGUGAUGGCGUCCUACUGCUAACGAACAGAAGUAAUCACCUCAUUUUUUACGAUGUUAAGAAGGAGAAAGUCAAGAUAGACAAUAAGCAUUUGAGUAGCCGACAGAUUUUAAAAAUGGCUUGUCUUUCGAGGGGCUUCCUCCUCUUCGAUUAUGAGAGUGUGCAUGUUUAUGAGAGAUCCCCUGAUCUGAGCACCAACCUGUGCUACGUAACGAAGUAUUCCGCGCGAUUCAACUUCUCCGCCUUGAUGAGUGGCUACUGCUUGGUUUCCCCGUGUGAGAAAUUUUUGUAUUUCCUAUCUCAGGAUGGGAACUUGAGGAAGUUCGACAUGUGGCGGGGGAGAUGCAGCGAUGGGAGUGGCGCCAGGGGGGAGAAACAGGUCGCGCUAGAGGGAAGCAAGGGGGACAGCGGGCUGGGAGGCGAUAAUCCCUCCGGAUUGAAUGGGGAGCGAUUCACCAUAGAUGGUGACCGCUUACCAACAGGUGAUGAGCACUCCACGAUGGGAAGAGACUCCUCUCCGAUAGGAACAGAAGCCUCCCCGAUAGAAAGAGACCCCUCCCCGCUUGACAUGGGGAGCCACCCCCCCUUCAAGCACUACGAGAAGCACGUCGAAACGGUGCUGGCGGACGUGAGUCCCGCGAAGAUAAACGAUUUCGACGUGUGCAUGAAGCAACCGCUACUCAUCCUAUGCUAUGAUGACAACGUCAUAAGGAUGAUUAACUACAAGAAGAAAGAAGUGGUGAUGUCUAAUUCCUUUAACAACGAACCGUUGCACUUGUCGAUUCACUGUUCAGGUCAUCUACUUCUGGUAGCUUUCACAGACAAGCUGAGGCUAUUUCAUAUCCUCUAUAAUAAGCUAAAAAUGAAGAAAGAAUUUUUUUUAAAAAAUUGUUCCUGUUGCAAAUUUUCCAACGGAGGAAGUUUUAUGGCUGUGUCUAAAAUUUCGACCCUUUAUAUAUACAAAACUUACACGUAUGAAUUGUUGUAUGUGUUGAAGUCACAUGUAAAUUACAUCACAGACUUGGUGUGGAGUUGCAACGACUUCUCUGUUUUCUCUAUUGGGAAAGAUGGCUACUUAUUUGAGUACUCCCUACACAAUAAUGGAAACAAAAACAUGGAAGUGAUGCAGAAGGAGAAGAAGUUUUUAAGCAUCGAUUUAGAAAUUUUAAACGAAAAAAAUAAGAAGGAAAGCAACAAACAAAGUCGUCAUAAUAGUGAUAAUAGUGCCAAUCAAGGGAAGUAUGGAAGUGAGUAUAAAAGCUUUAGCAAUCUUCGAACAAAUGAAAUGAAAAAUGUUUUCGUCUCUUGUGAUGAUAAAACUAUAAAACAGUUUUGCAAUUCUAAACUGGAAUGUGUCUUGGAGUCAGAAUAUCUUGUUGAUAAAAUAUUGCUCUAUAAAAAUAAAUUUCUCAUUGCCUCAUUUUAUAAUGGUUUUUACUGCAGAAUACGAUUUUAUCUUCUUCCUCUUUGUGGCUUGUACUUGGAAAUUCCUUGCCACAUCUUAAACUGUGUCAAUUUGAGGCUAGACGCAAAUAGAGAGCUCCUUUUUAGCUGCUCAAAGGAUGGCUCUAUAUACAUCUUCUCGAUCGAAAAAAUGGAAUCUUUUUUUUCGUUUCAAAAUGAUUCCUCCGCUUCAGGGCAGGUCACAAACAGUGGGCAGGCUGGAAAUGUGGUCACUGGAGGGAUGAAUGAUGAUCAGAAGGGAGGAGAAAAUCUGCAGAAGGGGCAACUCUUAAGCAGUGCCAAUGACACGACUGGUGUGUACAGCGAAGAGUUGGUGUCUAAGGGGAAACUGCUCAGCGGAACAGCCGAUCAAAACCGAAGGGAAGAUUCUUCCAACGGGAAUCUCCUCCGUACCGGAGCUACAACUCCGGAGAACAAGUCAACUCUCUCAGAUUUGAGCGCAGAAAGGGGGGACAACCAAAGCGGCGACGGUCUAGAUGGACCCAAGCAGAAGAGUAAAAUGAAAAAUAACUUCCUCAUAUAUGACCUAGAGAACAAAACGAACUAUAUGUUGAACGAGGAAGAAAAAGAAAGCGAUGACAUUCUUAUCGAUUUGUACUAUGUACAAAAAAAAAAUAAAGAAUUUUUGGAAUUACAAAAAAAGAUUACAAAUCUGAAAAACCAAAUCGAACUGGAAAUGAAAAAUAGGGAAUCCAUUCACAAGUCGGAGAUGAACAAACUGGAUAAGCAGAAAAAUGUAGAAAUAAAAAAUCUGCUAAAGAUAAAUAAACACAUCAUCAAGGAAAAGGACAAAGUUGAGGAGACGUGUAAGAAAUCCCUGUACGAGUUGGAGGAGAAGCACACCUACUUUGUGAAUCAGCUAAAUGCCCAAUUUUAUUUAACGAACAAAAUAUGCGAGGAGAAAUUUUUGAAAAUCCAGGAAGAGUUCAAUUUGUAUAAGAAGAAAUCGACAGAGGAAAUUCUUGAUCUAAAAAAAGAGCACCAAAUGAAGGUGACACAACUGACUGAGCAGAAGGACGAGGAAGUGAAGAAAAAAAAUGAACUCAUAGAAAACCUUAAGGAGAAGUACGAAAACUUGCAGAAGGAAAAGGAAGAGUACAUAAAACAGAUCGAGGAUGACGUGGAUGAGGAGAUCCUGCUCAUAUCCCAGAAGUACGAGCAGCAGAUAAGCGAGCUGAAGCAGGACAAGUAUGACUUGCUGGGAAAGUUUAAGCUGUACGAGCACAUCGAGGGCGAGCUCAAGGAGAGUAUUCAGCUCGAGAAGGAGAAGUUCGUCAAAAACAACAUCACUGCGAAGCGGCUGCAGGAGAGCAUUGACCACCUGAAGGGCGAGGUGACUACUCUGAAGGAUAACCUCGCGGAGAAGGACGACGAAAUCGAGUCUAUGAACAAGGAUAUCUGCAACUUGAACAAAAAAAAUGAAGAACUGGAGAAGCUGAAAAUCGUCUUGUCACAGAAAAUAAAAGAUUUAGAGUCCAAUUUAUCCCCCAAAAAUUCAGAAAUAAAAAUUCUUAGAGAAAAAAUUGAAGAAAUGUCCAAGUGCUUUGAAAACAACCAUAAAAAAACAGUUAACUUGCAGAUUGAAAUUAACGAAUACAAAAUGAAGAUAAAAUCUCUGCAUGAUGAUUUGGUAUGUAACAAUAAAACGAUUGGAAAUUACGACAAAAUUCUGAAGAAUCUACAGGAGCAUAUUAAGGAGUGCUACUUGCACCUGCAUGAUAAGAAGAUCUUUAACGCGUCCUUCCUGAACUUGUACAAUAAGUUCCACAAGGUAAACGACGUAAAGAACUACGACACGAAAAAUGUCUUUUCGGAGUAUUUGCGCCAGAAGGAGCACCUCGAGAAUAUGAUUGAGGUGUUGAAAGACAAGCUGCAGAAGGAGUCGGAGGCCUUCCGCUCGGAGAAAAUUAAGAUGAUGAACGAGAAUUCUCUCCUCCUCAAGGAGAUUAACGAUUUGAAGGUGGACUUGAAUUUCCUCAAGGCGGAGUACCACGACGCCAAGCUGGUGAAUCGGAAGAUCCAAUUUCUGCGCAAGUAUAACAAGAAGGGGGGGGCAUGCAGCGCGACGAAGCAGGUUCCACCGGAGGGGUAA